AUGGACGUCAGACAAGUUGCGCAAAAGGCAUGGACGAUGAAUCGUUUCCUUGCCGACCCUUCCAACAACUCCAUCUCGUACCGCAGGGUGUGGACCAACCAUAUACUCGGCGAGUACCUACGCCUAGGCACCCUCUCCAACAGCUCCACAUACUUCCAAACAUGUUGGGAAGCAUGGUUACAUCUGUAUCGUGCCACGUACGACAAACCAUUCACCGAGUUUGGACCCUAUCUUCCAAAGCACAUCUCUGCCAAGGAGGGACCAGACCAACCAAAUACACCAAUCGAAUUAAAGCAAAUCUACUCUGCUCUCCAAGCAACCAGACUACCAAAGGUCAACCAAAAGACCGUCGGUCAAAGAGAGAUCGAGGCUCUCUUUGGUACCAACAUCGAGCAAAUAUUUGCCGUCGUGGCAAGCGUCAAAUGCACAACAGCAAGAGACACCUCUUUCGUUUCUUUGCCAGAAUAA